GCCCUACACGUACAUUACCAGUUGGACGUUUUCUGAAUACAGCAUGAAAGACAGCACCCACCUACAGGCUACUGGUGUGACAAGUAAUUUCUGCAAUUUUUUUUAAAGCAUAACCUGUUAAGCAUACAAAAAUAUGAGGCUAUUGCCCGCAAGUUAAAGUUUAUGUAAAAGGACUCCAAUCCGAAUAAAUGUUGCAUUUAAAAAAAAAGCAAAGAAAUCCAGGGUUCUCAUCUGGAAAACACAGGUGGAACUGUUCUAAAAUGAAAAAUAUUUACAAGAAACGGGGAAAAGACUGUGUCCUGUUUUCAUACCCUGAAACAGAUAAUUUCUUGCCAUGACAACAGCCAGAUUGUAUUACAGAGACCAAACCGUUCCAAACAUACUCUAAGUACAGCAAGUUACAUACGUAGAACCAACUCCACCUUCCCAGAUUUCAGUUACUCCAGUAGAUGCUAUUUGUUGUUUGGAUGUGCAUCACAUUUUUUUUGUCAGCAUUGUUUAGCUUUAAGCUAAAAAGCUUUAAGUUUUUUUUUUUCUUGCUAUCCUUUCAUACAAAAACCAAAAGGACUUUAUCCCAACAGUUUGAAACACUGCGAUAAAAAGCAGAAAAAAUUCAGUUUUGCAAACUCAGGAAGGUUGUUCCUUCCAUCUAAGGUGUUCUGAGGCAGAUGUUUGUCUUACGAUAUCACAAGGUCUCCUUUGCUGUACCUUGUUUAUACUGGGACUUUAAAUACAUAUGAAGGUACGUGGUGUAGUUCCUUAAUGUCUUUGCAGCACCUUGAACAGGAGACAUUCACAAAUGAGAUUGAACUUGAGCACUAUUCUGGAACGGACAAAAGCAUUAUAGAUCAGCAGCCUGUAGAUGUGAAUGUGAGACUGAAAGGGUAAUUGAAGAUUGGGAUGUUAGCUGAAGGACAUGCUGGAUAAACUGCAUAAUCUUUGUCUAAAUGUCCUUUCAGGAUCCAAUUAUAAAAAACAUAUUCAAAACUGCUUAUACCAAAAUGGUUUAACAUGCUUACAACAAGGAAUUAGUUAAAGGGUCUGCAAGUAAUAAUUAAAACCUCUUCAAAAUCUGAUAUUGACUCAUUUAUGUACACUACAUACCCUACAUGUUCACACACCAGCUUUACAAAAAAAAAAAUCCACCCCAAAGACUUAGAAUCAUAAGAACAACAAAGGUAUUAAGAGCUGUCAAAAGGUGAAUAAAAAAAGCUGUAUUUAAAAAGAGCCAAAAACAGUGAGAUUACAUUUUAUAAUAACGAAGACCUUUUAAACUGCAAGUGUUUUCUUUGGUUUCGUUUUCAGUAAUAACGGAAUCUUAAUUGAAGAUCAUUUCCUGCAUUUCUUCUACACUGUUUAAGCUACAGCAGACAUUUGUACCUUAUUUCUUGCUGUAAACUACUUUUGAUUAUUUUUUUGUACAGCAUCUAAGAUGUAGUUCCAUCCACGACUGCUCCAGUCUUACUUGCCUGUUAUUCAAUUGCAUUAUAAUAUGUUUCAAUAGCUAGAUAUUUACAUCAAUGUUACAGCUUAAUAUCCUAUGGAAACUUGAAAUCCCCUUCCCAAACUAUAAACACUAAGUUCAUCCCUGCAGUCCUCCUACAUACAACCACUAGGAGGAAGGCAAAAGGCCAUGAACGGUUUUCCAAAACCAACUCUCACCCGCUUAGGGGACUACGGCACCGCACCCUGACCGUCCCUCUUGAGGUAGGAUUUAGACAAGGCAGUAUUUAGAAACCGGCCUGAGCAGACGUCCUAUUCAGCCAAGGACCCGAUCAGUAUUCAUUUACCAGCCACGUAAGCUGAUGCAUUAACAGUUAGAGAAGACAAUAAUCUUUAACUAAAAACACGGAGCAGGGGAGGGCGUUUUCCAGCAGCUCGUUCCCUAGGAGGCCAGUAGGGCACGAGCAGCCGAACACCACCUCUGGCACUUGUCCGAGGGGCCGAGAAGAGUGGCAACGGGGCAAAGAGAUGGGGAAAAGGUAACUCGGGAAGAGUGGAAGAAGGCUCCUUCAUACUAUGUCAGUGACCAUGAACUCCACUCAGAGCUCGUAGCAUCUAUUACAGUGUCCGAGCAGAAGCCUCUGUUCACAGAUCCUUAAAGGCGAUGUACCUGCUGUACCUGCAGCUGUGCCUACAUUUACUUCCAGGUUCUCUCUCUAUUUAUUUCUGAGUAAUACAUUAUUUUAAUCUGCAAGCAUCCGAAAUAUGUCAGCUUUCUUAUUUCUAGAGCCACAAAGCUUCGUAAUUCCAGUAAACUUAUUUUUUUCACUUGUUAACACCCCACCCCGCAAAAAAAUCUCAGUAAAAGUAGCAACGCAGUGAACAUUCAAUUAGCAGGAACACAUCUCAUCCAGUAUCUUUAAGCUCCAGACCCUGGAAGUGACCAGGUACAAUUCUUUCCUAUGCUCCUGUGCCACAAAUCAGAAAGUUUCAGCAGGCAAACAGUUAAGAAACCAGGAGGAGGAGGAGGAGGAGGAGAGAGGGCGAGUUUCCCCUGCAGUUCUCAUCACCCAGCGCCGAGGUUAGAGCCUGUGGUACACCAAUGCAAUUCGCAACCACCAGCAAUGUACGCUACGGAUCUGAAAGCCGGCUUUCGGUCCUUUAAAGGCUGUCUCCGAACAGUGGCAACAGAAAUUUGGAAAAGCUCAAGUUUUCUCUCGUUAGAGAGAAGCCGAGGACGUUUCUUCCAAGGCUAAACAGCAUUACUGCAGAAUAAAUAUGCUAAGCAUUGCGGGAAGCCAGAUGAAGUCUUAAAUGAAAACAUGCACGUUAAUGUUUAACCCCUUUCACUUAUGCUGAGAUUUCCACACGAGCAACAGAAUGAAGAAUGCUGUCUGAAUUUUGCUGAAGGACAAUGGGACUAUUUAUUUUUAUUAUGCUGCCUUCUCCUGGCUAAUUUUGGGCAAGGCUGAGGAGCACUGUUGACAGAACGCUGAAACAAAAUGGACGAAUCCUCCACCUAACACCCAAAGCCACUUUCUGGAAUGCUAAGUGCAGAAGAGGCAUUCUUUCAGCAUGAAAUUCAGUGCAUACCAGUAAGGAUAAUGAGAUAAAUACAUUCCUUCCCAACAGCCUAAUAUUUUAGUGUUAUACGGGAUCUGUUCUCUUGCUUCAAAUCCUGUAUUUUUAAUGCUUUUAAAAUUCUGUUUCUUUCUUACUUCAACUCCAAUGACCUCUAUUUUCAAGCUUCUAAAACUGUCAUAUACUGCUUUUUCAUUUAAAAAAGUCCACUAAUUUUCAAAUGAAAACCUAGAGCCUUCUAACCACAACAGCGUUCACAUAAAGAAACUACAAAAAUAUGCUUGUUCUUACAUAAUAGCAAAUAUGUUGUGAUGUUGACAGCUGCAAAGCAUGGAAUACUUAGAGGUGAAAAUAACAAACCGUAUUAAAAACAAAUUCAUUGAAUAAGGUACAAGAGGAUAUGAAUUUUCUUUAAGAUACAAAUAAAAUCUUUCCUAACUAUCAAGCUUAAUGACAGCUGAUGGACUCUUCCUCCCCUCCCUGGAAUUUUCUCUAGGUAGUUCUGUAUCAAAUGCUUCAAGGACAAAUCUUCACGUAAUAGGUGUGGGAUGCGGGACUGCUGCACUAUCAUGUUUCGGACAUUUCAACAAGAAAGCAGAACCUAAAGUUUCCCAGGCCUUAAGGAAACCUCGUCAAUGGCUGAGAUUACACGCUAUCCCAUACAAAGCUGGCACACCACUCCUGGGGGGGGGGCUGGACCUCGACCAACCUACUGCACUGCUCACCUGCUGGAGCACACGUUGCUUCAAAGUAGGAUCAACUUCUAGCUUAUGAGCUAGACCCUCAAAUGAUCUGAAGACAGUCUCCGGAUAAUAAAAGAUGAACCCACUUGAUGCAACAAAAUCAGGAUUUUUAGUGUGCAUUGCUGUCUGUACAUUCAUCUACACCUUCAUCUAUCUAAAGGAUACACUUCUUGAAGAUCCAAACGAACAGAAAUUUAGCGGAAAUACAGCAGAGUGUGGUUUUUACCCAGAUGAACUUUGUUCAGCUCUUUUUGUGGGGAAAACUGCUGCCUUUAAAAUUGGAAGCGUUUGCCAGAAUACCUACCGACCUGCAACGUUCAGCUGCAUUCAGACUUCGUGCAACUGCUCCAUGGUCUUGAAGACUCUACGUUUUAUAACAAGACCACUGUCAGCUGAAGAAGGAAGUUUCUCGCUGGCAUACAUUAUUACAAUUCACAAGGAGUUGGAAAUGUUUGUAAAGCUACUAAGAGCUAUUUAUAUGCCUCAGAAUAUUUACUGCAUACAUGUUGAUGAAAAAUCAUCAGACGACUAUAAAGCCGCUGUACAAAAUAUUGUUAAUUGCUUUGAAAAUAUUUUUAUUUCCUCAAAAAGAGAAAAUGUUGUUUAUGCCGGAUUUUCAAGAUUACAAGCUGAUAUUAAUUGCAUGAGAGAUCUAGUUCAAUCCAAAAUUCAGUGGAAUUAUGUUAUUAAUCUGUGUGGUCAAGAUUAUCCCAUUAAAACAAACAAAGACAUUAUCAAAUACAUCAAAAGUAAAUGGAAUGGAAAAAAUAUGACUCCCGGGGUAGUCCAACCACUUCAUAUGAAACACAGGACACAGGUUAGUUACAGAGAAUAUGUGCAUUCUGGAAUGUCAUACGUGUAUCCAACCAAGAACAUAAAAUCUAAACCUCCGUAUAAUUUGACUAUAUAUUUUGGUAGUGCCUAUUACAUUCUCACUAAAGAAUUUGUGGAGUUUACAUUGACUGAUGCACGUGCAAAAGAUUUGCUUGAAUGGUCAAGAGACACGUACAGUCCGGACGAACACUACUGGGUCACACUGAAUCGUUUAAAUGAUGCUCCAGGUGCUACACCAAACGCAGACUGGGAAGGAAACAUACGAGCCAUUAAAUGGAAAGAUCAAGAAGGCACCACACACAAGGGCUGCAAAGGUCAUUACAUCAGAGACAUUUGCGUCUAUGGACUAGGGGAUUUACAGUGGAUUAUUGAAUCACCUCACUUGUUUGCGAAUAAGUUUGAGCCUGCAACAUAUCCUCUUGUUAUGGACUGCCUAGAGAGACGCCACAGACUUAAAGUACUGCACCAGGCAGAAGUCCCAAUUGAAGAUCACUGGCGUUUUCAGGAAGAUAGCUACUUCAACAUGAAGCUGAACGUUUAACUAACAGCUAAACAAAUACUCAAAAUAUUGACAGAACCCACCAAGAUUUUUAGCCACAGACUUCAUUCACAUGGUGUACUGUGCUUACCCUCGUGCUUUUAUGCUGUACUACUGUUUCACCAGUGAAAUAAGCAGUUCUAUAUAUUACAGUAAAAGAAAGAGCAACAACUGCUAAGGGAUUAAUUUAAAGAAAAUAACGUGUCUAGAACUGCAACUUACAGAAAACAAGGGUGACAUUCAUAAUCCUUUAAGUGACUUAUUUAACUGGAAAAUACAUGUUCCCCAUGUAUGUCUACAGCUGAAAAAAAGAAUUGGUAUGAGAGUAAUAAAAUGGAAGUAAUGACUGAAACAAAGGUGAAAUACGAAGAGCACAAGAUAGAGUUGUGUCUACUGUAUGUUUUAUGAACUAGAUUACUUUGAUUAAAAAAGUUGACAAACUGCAGAGCUUGUAGAGAAGCAGGUGCCAGCCAGCUUCAGACAGUCCAUUUCACUGUUUUUUCGUGGCCAGCUGCAUCUCUAAUUUCAUUGUGUAGCAUGGCAACACCACUCUUGCACUAUUCAUGCUUUGCUCCUAAUGACGAGGGUGCCUAGAUGAGUAACAUUAGCAGGGGUCCUGAAACGCAUGUUUACCUCUAAGUCCCUGGUUCUGAUUCUCUGCAGGAGCUCACGGCAAUGAGACGUGAGAAAUUUGAGGCCAGGGAACAAUGGAAAACUGAGUGAAGAGCUUUCAGUCCCAGGGUAGGGAAACAAAACUUCCCUGAAUCUUGCAACAGUCCGCAACAAUUGGCAAUAACACCUAGCACCAACUAGGACAAAGAUCUCAUUUUCCAGAUCCUUUGCAGACCAAACGUAGUUCUCACUAGCCUACAGCAAGGAAGUUAGUUUUCCUUAUGCUGAGUAUGAAAAUCAACUUAAAGACUGAGCAUUCUUCCAAAAAUUCAAAUGAAUCAACACAUGACCCAACAAUAGAACACAAAAAUUUCUUAUUAGAAACUUAAUCCUAGGUUCUUGGAACUGUAGUGCUCCCUUUCCCACACAAGUUUCUUGGAAACAAUUUCUUUCAAAUGAACUUUAACCUAGAGGAGGACCAUCUGGUCUCUGUUUAUUUACAGAAACUUAAAAAACUCAACCCUGUACUCAGUCUCAUGUAGAACCCAUGGCCUAUCUUGUGGCUAAUUAUUGAUGAAGAUUUUUUUUUUAUGGAUGGGAGGGGAAAAAAGCCACGCACCACGCUCACAUUGGGCAUUUUGAGAGUUCCUCUGAAAACCAUCACUGACGCUAAUGGGUCUCUGGCAUGUAUUAACCAUAACAAUAUUUCAGAAUGAAUUUCCCUCCAACCCACACCCAAGUAAGGCACUCCCAGUGUUUAUCUACUCUGUGUCGUUUUUUAAAACAUGAAUGUAAUGUUCCUCAUUACUGUCUUUGGAGACAAUCCAGUACCUAGCUUUUUUACCUUUCAUCACCAUCAUACAGAACAACUGUGUU